CACAUUACUAUGGGGAUAUUGGGGGGAGAUUUAUCAAAACCUGUCCAGAGGAAAAGUUGCUGAGUUGCCCAUAGCAACCAGUCAGAUCGCUUCUGAAAAGGCCUAUGAAAAAUGAAAGAAGCGAUCUGAUUGGUUGCUAUGGGCAACAGGAUAACAUUUCCUCUGCACAGGUUUUGAUAAAUCUCCCCCAUAGAGCCUACCCAUCAUUUUUCUUUACAGAUCCCUGAAUACACUCAGAUCUCAGAUAAGACCCCUCUAUUUUUAGUUCCCAGACUAGGCCAAUAAAUUGUAGGACCUCUGACCCUAAUAAUGAUCACUAAAGCAGUUAGAUCUGCAGGGUCACAUAGCAUUUAGGGAAAUAGUUUUAAAGGGGUACUCCACUGCCCCAGCAUUCGGAACAUUUUGUUCCGAACGCUGGGUGCGGGCUGUGAGGGUCGUGACAUCAUGGCCACGACCGUCGUGACAUCACGCCACACCCUCUCGAUUCAAGUCUAUGGGAGGGGGCAUGGCAGCUGGGACAGUGGAGUACCCCUUUAAAAGGGCAGUUAUAGGGUAAUGCCUGCAUCCCUGGUAGUCUAGGGCAGCAAAGAGGUUAGUGUUUUUUUCAAUGGUUGUCUAGGAUGGUCAACGUGUGUACCCCUAGUGGUCAGAGGAUAGUAAGGGGUUAACUAGUGGUCUAGUGCAGUGAAGGUGUUACUGUCAUCAUUCGUGGCGUCCAUCAAAUUCUCAUAGUGUCCUGUCAGAAUUUAAAGGGAGUUAUUUUAUUUUUAUUUUUUUUACUUUGCCAAAAGAGCUGUAAAGUUAAAACAUUAAUGCAGUUCAUAAUUUAGGGGGGAAUUUAUGUACAUGACUUACGUACACUGUUUUCUAUGGUGUAAGUGUUUCUUACGUGUGACACAUUUAUCAUACUAUCACAGGGGGGUUCAUAAAUUUGGCUCACAUAAGCAAAAACCAAGAAAUGACUUCAGAACACCACUUUGUAACACCACCUCUUCUCCUCUGUGACUUUUCUGCUCUAAAGCCGCAUUUGUGACAAAAAAUGUGCAAAAUAUGAAGUCUUUGCUGAACCACAGUGCAGUCAAGUCCUAGGUGUGUGUCUGGAGUCCAGAGGAGGCCUAAUGGAAAGUCAGUCAAGCAGCCACAAGUCUACAAGUUUACUACCCCCAGGUCCAAGUCAGAGCUGAAGAGGACAUGGGCGCCCUGGUGAGCAGAGUACAGGGGCUGUGUGGCAGGUCGAGGCUCCGAAAAGCUUCUAUUGUAAUAAUUGGACCAUCUGGUAGUGGAAAAACCACAAUUCUGUACAGACUGAAGCUGAACGAAACCAUAAAAACCGUACCGACGUCUACCUACAUUACGGAGACCUUGGACAUCUUCGAGGACGUGUCCCUUUUAGUAUGGGAUGUCAGUCUCGGAGCAAAGGGGGGACCCUUAAAAAUUCACUUUCUGGACAACCGGCAAGGCUUUCUGUAUGUAGUGGACAGUACAGACGCUACGACAUUUGAUGACGCACGUGAAGAGCUCUUCUAUCUGGUGAAUAGGCUCACGGAGCACUUGCCAUUCAUUGUACUGGCCAACAAGCAGGAUCUCGAUGGGGCUUGUAGCCCUUCUGAACUUGUUCACCAUCUAAAACUUGAUAAAUUAGCCAGGAGGACAUGUGAUGUGUGCGGCUGCUCUGGCGUCACUGGAGAAGGUCUACGCGAAGCUCUAGAGAAACUGGGCAAAAUGAUAAAGGAAAAUGAAGAGCAAAGGCAGAGGAGAUAAUGGGGGAGAUUCAUCAAAACCUGUCCA